AUGAAUNGUUAAUCAAAAUCUCUGGUUGCAGCUGAGAACAUAAAGAAGAUGGCACCAUAAUUAAAUAUUAUUGCUCACUUUGCUGUAAUUAAAAUUCCUGGUUAUACUAUGGAUUUUUUUCUAUAAUUUGAUGCUGUUAUAAUGGAAUUAGAUAAUGCAGAAACUAGAUCAUAUGUGAAUAAAGUGUGUUAGGCAUUAUUAAUAUUUAUUGUUGAUGCUGGAUCCAUGAGAUUCAAAGAAUAUGCAAAUGGCUAUUCUGAAGGAACAGUAUGUUAUUAUGUAUUCCUAUUACAAUCACACACAUAUAAUACCCAGCUUGUACAAUUCGUUCAUAACCUAGUAAUUGUACUCAUUGUGUGAUUUGGGCUAUAUAUCUAUUUUCUUAACUAUUUUCAGGUAAGGUUGGAAUUUUUGUGGUUAAAGGAUUUGAUUAAAAUUAACCUAAUUCAGUAUUUAAUAAGUUCUUUAAAGGUGAAGAAAUGAUUAAUUCUAUUGAUAUAAUAUAAAAUAACAUGAAUUUAUUAAGAAGCAUCAUUUUAUAGAGAGAAAAGAAUCUAUUGAGAAAUUAUAAGGCAUGUGGUUUUAUGCAUAUAAUUAACUCAAUAAUUUGGAUAAUUGUAAUAUGA